UUAGAAAUCAGGAAGUAUUCGACAGCAACAAACAAUCCAUGUUUUGUUGUCUUGUAACCUGCUUUAGUAGAGAGUAUGCCACUGUCUCACUGUAAAGUUAAUGUCUUAUGUGAUAGUGAUGGUCAGGUGCCUCAAAAAGAGGAAUGCACGAGAUAGUUGAGAAACUUGAUAGUCUCUUAUGACAUAUGGAUCAUGUAGUGUGGAUCUCAUCAGAGAGUUAACUAAUGGUGACGUUGUAGCCAGCAAUCAGCUGUCAGUUUUGCUAGCUAGGUAAUUUUGAGUUGCAAUAAUGGUUAUUUACAGUGCCUCAAGCUAUGUUCUUUUAGGUUUGGCAAACCUAAUCAUCAUGUCUGCAUGUAUGGACUAUUGUGAUACUAUUGAAAGCUGUCACGGUCCUCACGGUCCUGCUGACACUAUGUCAGACCGACAACACUACAUUCAUGCUUUCAACUUCAACAAGAGUGUGGAGAAACACUUGCACGAUUUGGACCACUUCAAACUGUCGUGUAAAAAGCUAUUAGAAGCCUUCCCCCUUGACCAAGUGGAUGGCAUCUUUGUUCGCUCUGUGGAGAACUGCAUUUUUUCAGAGUCUGACCCAACCCCACUCAAAGGCCCUUUGAGACUUGCGGCUGUUUCAAAGGAGGUCAUUGAGGGAAUGUUGGGUCUAGAUGUUGCAGUGUCCCAGUCAGAGGAUUUCCUACAGUACUUCAGUGGUGGUAAACUUUUUCCUGGAUCCAGCCCUCUGACACACAGAUAUGGGGGUCACCAGUUUGGCUACUGGGCAGGUCAGUUAGGAGAUGGCCGAGCACAUCUCCUUGGUGAAUAUACUAGCAGAAAGGGUGAAAGAUGGGAACUCCAACUCAAAGGCUCAGGAAAGACUCCAUAUUCAAGGUCAGGAGAUGGCCGAGCUGUGGUCCGCUCCUCAGUCAGAGAGUUCCUGUGCAGUGAGGCCAUGCACUUUCUGGGUGUUCCUACUAGCAGAGCUGCCAGCCUUAUUGUAAGUGAAGAGGCAGUGUGGAGGGACCAGUUCUACAAUGGGAAAGUAAAGAAGGAGAGAGGAGCGGUUGUCCUGCGGCUGGCCACGUCAUGGUUCCGGAUCGGAUCAUUGGAGGUUCUGGCUAAAGCUGAAGAACUUGACCUUUUAAGGAAACUGUUGGACUUUGUGAUACAGGAGCAUUUUCCUUCCAUUGAUUCAAAUGAUCCAGGCAAGUAUUUGAUAUUUUACUCCAGGGUUGUGAAUGAGACCGCUCACCUCAUUGCCCAGUGGAUGUCUAUUGGCUUUGCACAUGGAGUAUGCAACACUGAUAACUUCAGCCUACUGUCUAUCACCAUUGACUACGGACCGUUUGGCUUUAUGGAGGCCUACAACCCAAAUUUUGUCCCCAACACAUCUGAUGAGGAGGGGAGGUAUAGUAUCGGAGCUCAGGCCAAUGUUGGUCUGUUCAACCUGGAGAAACUCCUAGAAGCCCUAACUCCAGUGCUGACCAUAGAACAGAGGCAAGGGGCUGGGCUAGUACUGAAAAGGUACCCACAUAUAUACCAGAUGAGGUUUCACAAACUGUUCAAGGCAAAGUUAGAUUUACUUGGCGAGGAGGAGGAGGAUGAAUAUCUCAUUGCAUUUCUGCUUAAGCUGAUGGAGGAGACAGGUGCAGACUUCACCAUGACCUUCAGACAGCUGAGUGAAGCCUCAAUGCAGCAGCUUCACAACAUGUCCAACUUACAGGUGAUGUGGGCCCUGGAGAACCUGGCUUCGCAUAAGAUGUACCCCGAGUGGGUCAGCAUGUAUCUGCAUAGAUUAAAAAGGCAGGGAGGUGAUUCUGAUGAGGAUCGUCAACACAGGAUGAAAAGGAUCAAUCCCAGAUACGUGCUGCGAAACUGGAUGGCAGAGUCGGCAAUACGGAAGGCUGAGGGGAAUGAUUUCUCAGAGGUGGAGCUGCUGCAGCGGAUACUGGCACAACCCUACCUCACACAGGACGCAGCAGAGGAGGCUGGUUAUGCAGCACAACCCCCAUGGUGGGCCCAGGGGUUAAAUGUCAGCUGUUCAUCAUGAGGGAUGCCUCUGCCCCAAUGACAGGACAUAUAUUUGCAGUGUAUUCAGAAUGCAAAACAUUUCUCUUGAACACGUCAUUCAGGAUAACCAGCAUCUGCAUUGUUUAGCAACGGAUGUUUGACUUUUCACAAUUAUCUUUCUAGCUAUCGUGGACAUUUAGUUCAGUGCACACAAAAAAACAUUCAUGCAACUGUUGGAUGACCAGAACCCUGAUUGCUGACCUCAUGUGAUUCAAGAUAAAGGAAAGGGCACAGAUGCAAUUUUGCAAACACUCAUAAAAUGUAAUGACAUUUCAUUCAUAAUACAGUCAUGCUGAGCAACA